AUGCCCAACCUCCGAAUUCGAAGUUCCAGCUCUUCGGGAUCCGAUAUUGCCCCAGCCGCAAUAUUCUCCCUGUUCUCUCCAUCUGCCCUACAGACAGACGGUUACGCAUACGGGAAAGUGGUGGACGGUGGCGUAGACGACGAAGGAAUGAUGCAAGUAUCGCGAUUGAACAAUGGGCGAUGGGCAUCGCUACCAGUGCUGGCAACCUCACGGCCUCUAGCGGAGAUCCAAGGCCGCGAAGUGACCGCAGAUGAAGCCCACAGUGGCAUCGGCACCUACGUCGGCUGCUGCGUGUGUAUUGCUCGACUGCUACCUCAAUCACCUCGGGUUUGGGAUUAUGGUGUCGUUACGGAUUACACCUGGGAUACCAACGCAGCCGCCGGCACCCUCCACAUCACUUUCAGGUCGGAAUCGGAGUCAAUCCCCUUUCGUGAGGAUGCAAUCGAGGUUUUACCAAUUCCUAUUUACGCUCUGCGACCCUGUCUAGGCAUUCCGGUUCUGACACUAAUAGAAACGGAUAUGCGGAAUCGACAUGCUUCCGUCCUCAAUCAUUUCAUGGGGACAGGUUGCAGAGCAACUCGCAACUCCUCCAACAUUCUACGCAAAGUGGGCGCCGUACCAGUCGAGGAAGCGCAGCAUAUUCCUCUGUUUGACAGUUCUUCUAAUUGCGUCCGUACCGUGUCAAUUAAAUACGCUCUGGACUUCUCAUAUUUCUCCGGAAAUAAUCGUCGUCGCCCCCAACGCGUCACACGGGGAGAUACAAUCUUCAGUGAACCUCAAGCUCCAACGGCAGCGGUACAAGAAGAGCCACCAACUCAGUCUGAUGCUGCCGUUGUCGAUUAUCUUCCUGGCCAGCUCAGUGAUUCCGACGACAGUGACAGUAGCCUAUCCUCAGAACGUCGCGGACAGGAAGUGCCGCAUCUGCGGGAGCCCAAGCGCGUCCGAGAUGGAUUUGGAACGGACAAUGACGAUAUUCAGUCACUUAAGCGACUUAAAAUGUCGUAUCUCAAUAACCCUUCAAUGCUCCGCAGCAUCGACCAGCUCAUCGCUGUACGGGAAUCGUCAGUUUCGUCGGCAACAACCAGUGAUCUGGUGGGGUUUGCAACCAGCACUACCAGUGCUUCAGCUCAAUUUCGCCCAUCCGCUACGCAACGGACAGUUCACCGCCAGCUCGUUAACGGUACGUACGCUCUGAUGGAUGCUCAGUUACUCCUUGAGACUAUUCAAGUGCAGCACGAGCAAUUUUCGUUCUUGCUACACCCGUCUAUCCUGCGCGCCAUGUUCAGCUGGGAGUUUGGGCUUCGUAGAUUGUCAAUUAUGCAUUUUGCUCCAGUUACAGAAUACUUUCGAAGAAAUUACUCGUCCACUCACGACAUGACGGAUUUCUCCAGAUCGUCGGCACUACCGCAGGCGUUAGUUCCUGCUCACCUUAGUGAUGUUAUCGAUGCCCUAGACUGCUUAGGUCUCGCGGUGAAUAUGGUUUUUCUGCCGUAUGUCUCUGACCUGGUGGAUGCAGCACGGAAACUGGUAGUUCUACUCAAGUCACAGCAAGGAUUUACGUCUGCCAUUGGUAGGGGAGAGCUGGUUCACUGGAUAAAUGGGCGACUGGAACGGUUCCGUGGAAGACUUGCACUUCAACACUUGGAGGAGGCGAAGGCGGUUCGCCUCCAGUUCUCUGUCUCUGAUCCGUCGUUUAUACGGGUCACUCAGAUUAUUACGGCGGCUUGCGUACAAGAUCUUCGAGCUCAGCAGGUUCUACCACAGCAGCUUACAGCCCCACCUCAGUCGCGAAAAUCAACGAGGGGGAAAGCAGCGUUACCCAGUCAGCGCGUCCCAGUGCCACAGAGUGUGCUUGACGCUCUACCGACCCUAAAUGGAAAGUCGCUGUGCAUGCGCUACCUUUCGAAGUCGCCCUGCCCUAGCCGGUCGGAAGGCUGCUAUGCCAAGAAACGCGGCCACUUCACUCCAGAAUCACUACCUGACAUCGUCUUCGAUUUCAUUCAACACAACUACGGAGGCCUAAAGGAAGAAUUCGCUGCAGUAAAACAACCUAAGCCACCGGACGUAGUGCAACCUUCAACACAGGUACCUUUGGAGAGUAUUCUAUGUCGAGAGGAGCGUUCUUUCACGUCAAUAGCAGAAUCUGGUAACUAUUCGGUCGAUUUCCCCUCCACGGCACCGGAAGCAAGAGGGGUCGGAGCUGAUGUGAUGCCACAGGUGGACAUCGGCGAAGCGAGAUCGACAGUCAUAGGAAUACCAGCGCCUCUUGCGCAACAUGGCCAUGAGUACCAAGUCACUCAUCGUGCUGGCAAGCAUGCUCGUCAAAAUGACGACACGCAUUUAGAUGCGUCCGAGUCACGACAACUGGAGAUGGCAAAGGCGGCAUUCCUCCAACGGGCUAAUUGUAAGUACAUGGCGACGUUCACGGCACGGCAACGAUUGCUAGAUCUGCAUCGGGAUCGCGUGGCGGCAGCGGUAGCUUCAGCGUUGCAGCACCACGGGAUUCAGCUACCGUCAACCUCUCCACGAACAGUUACUUCUAACGGGACGAUCACUCAUCUUAUCGACAGAGAGAAGCAACGCGCGUACAGUACAUUUAUACGGCGCUCGAAAAUGCAACUUCCCGAGGUUGGAGCUCGUCACUUGUGGGAUGACAUUGUGACGCACGGGGUCCGACCACGGUGGAAUUCUCAAUUUCAACAACAGCGUACACCACCGCGCAACCAUGUUUCAGCUACUUCUUGCCUUAAUGAGCUCGUGGAGAAGAUACGGAAAGGACAGGACUCCGACAAGUACCUUGUACUGGAUAUUGAUCUACUGGCGGAGCUAGAAGGGAUCACUUGCAGCUUUUUUGGGGCGGUGGAAAAAUCUUCUCCCGACACCUCACAUCAAGUUCAUGCAAUUCACGAUCUGUCCUAUCCAGAACUUGCUUCGGUCAAUGACAAUACGGCUGUGGAUGAUUCCGUCAUAGUGACCUACGACGGUCACCAAGCUUUGGCUCGUCGAAUUUUGGAAGUCGAAGAUGAAUUCCCCGACGACGCGAUGAUAUUGUCUGACAAUGUCAGGCAUCUUGGUGAUCGAUCUGUCCUGUCCAUUUGGCUGGCGGCUCUCGCCGCAGCACUACUGGACGGCUGGAGCAGCAAUUACGCACCUUUAUGUGGCAUCAGCACCAACAUGGCCUCUCCAGCCUUCGGAAGCGGCAACACCGUUCGAUUCAUACUGGGUCCAGAAGCGAUCAAUGAGGAGAAGUUUACACUAUGGUUCAAGCGAGGUAAAGCGCUUGGGUUGCUGUGGGAUAUCCCAAAUGGUUCACUGGCAAUGCCUAGAGACAAGGUUGCCAAGGCGCUUGGUCGAGUCAACGCACUACUGGAAUCAACGGUGACUUCGCGAUCGCAAGUGUAUAAACUACUUGAAAGCUUACGGCACGUCGUCACGUGUGUUAGGUCCGGCACACCGUUCUUCCAGAGCUUAGCUGCGCUAACGUACUCCACGAGACGAUCAGUUCAAAUUCCUGUCACCGAUGCAGUACGAGAUGACUUGAAUUGGUUCCGGAUAAUUCUCGGUGCUGCUGAUUUGAACUCGAUCCCGCUAUCUCGUUUCACGAAUUCGCAGCGGGUCGAUUUCGAUAUCUAUAUGGACGCCAGCAAUUAUGGAUUGUGUGCACUAUUUCCUGCACGGCGGGAAUUUCUUCAAGUGCAGUUCGACGAAAUGGAACUCCAAAGCAUCGAGGAAUUUCGGUGCACCGGAAGCGGCGACCUUGGAAUCAACCUACGAGAGCUCAUGAGUGCGGCAUUUGCGUCGAUAGUCUGGUGUAAAUAUUGGACAGGGACUUCACGACAUCAUCUAAAACAUGUCCGCUUCUGGAUCGAUAACAAGGCUGCUGUAUCAUGGAAUAAUCGCCGGAGCAGCAGGAACAAAACAGCUCAAACUGUACUGCGUAUAUUGAGCGUUCUCGAAACGAUAAACUCGUUCUACACGACGGCUGAGCACAUCUCGGGCGCUGACAACACUAUGGCGGACGCGGAUCGCGAGUGUGCCGAUCCCUCCUACAUCAAGGAAACUUUGCAGAGUCUGGGAGCACUUCUGCGAGCAGGGGCCCUCGCCGAAUCAUCUCGCACGCACUACCAACGAUACUGGAAGCAGUGGAUCGACUGGUGUCGCUGGAUGAGCUAUCCUGAAUGGCUCUCCGAUCAAGACAAUAACGGAAACGCUUCGCAGCUGGGAUCCUUCGCUGUGUUCCUGUGGCGUUACGGAAUGAACAAGUCUGCCCAAGGAAACACUUACUCUACCAUCUGUGCAAAGCUUUGCGCAGUACGCUGGUAUCACAAGAACAACUUGGGGUAUGAUCCCGGUGAUAACGCCAGCCACUCCAUCUUGUUACGUGGAAUUCGCCGGUUUACCAAACCAGUCGCCAAGCAAUAUCCCCUGUCGGUCGACCUACUGAAAACGAUUACCUCCAGUCUAAACCUCCAGGAAGCUCGCUCCCGCUUGCUCUGGGGUGGUAUUUUGCUCGGCUACUUCUUCUUGCUUCGCAGAUCCGAAUAUCUGUGUAUCGGUAGCAAGCACCACGGCUAUAUCAUACGACUCCAAGAUAUUUCAUUAUACGACAAAGCUGGGCGUAUCUGUAGAUCCCGGACAGCAACUCCAGUGGGUAUCCGGCUGACUGGCGCGAAAAACAACCAAUUCGGGCGCGAAGAGGUCAGAUACCACGAAAAAUCGGGUGACGCAACAAUUUGCCCGGUCCUCGCAGCUCGGUGGAUCUUCAAGGGUGCCAAGGAGUUUAACACGAGACCCGAGCAACCGGCACUCUCAAUUAACCAUAACACGGCAAUUACGGCUAAGGAAGUCGCGAACGUGAUCAAGAGAGCAGCAGAGGCACGUGGCAUGGAUUCUACUCGCUUCUUGACGCAUUCAGUACGUAUCGGCGGGGCCACGGCGCUACUCAACGCAGGAGCCGAUAAACUCGCCAUCAAAUUACUAGGAAGGUGGAUGUCCAGCGCCUACGAAGAUUAUCCGGUAUUAACAGCUCAAGGAACACCAGGGAUGUCGCGCCUAAUGUGCUAAAACUACUCGCCGAUCAUCCUCCGCAGUCAAGAAGAGCUGGAUGCAAUCUGGGGUGCCACCACUCCUCGCCCGCUACAGAUACAAAUACUACCUAUUUCCCCACUCGACUGCGAUAGUUGGAAAUGGGUAGUUUCGCAACGGACGAAGAAGCUCGAAGAGAAUCAAGUCCUAGAGAGGCGUCCGUUUCCCGAUCACACGAGAGGUAGUGAAGACUAGUCAUUUCCAGUUUUUAGCUGUAGCUCUCAC